AUGGCCGAAGGCACCGAAAGGUCUGGGCCAACGAGUCUAGAUCAAGUUGCAGAUGGCAUUCAGAAGAUUGACUUUCACCACCCAUACACGCCCUACGAUGUGCAAGAGCAAUUCAUGGGGACAGUCUACGGUGUUCUAGAGAAAGGCAACAGCCAAGUAGGGAUACUUGAAAGUCCAACCGGCACAGGCAAAUCUCUUUCUCUGAUAUGCGCGGCUGUGACGUGGCUGCGAAACCACAAAAAGGCUAGCUUAGAGUAUUCAAUAACCGAUGCUGCAAAGAACAUCAAAGAUGAGCCAGAUUGGAUUAUCAAUCAGAUGCUCAAGAGCAAGAGGGAAGAACUUGUGAAGACAUGGCAGGAAAGAGAAGCUCGACUGGAACAAAUCCGUGCUAAGGAGAAGGCCCUUGAAAUGCGUGGUAUUAAGCGGCGGAAGCUUGACAACAGCAUCAAAGGCAGUGCUUCUGACAGUCUGGGUGAAGAUGAAUGGCUGCUCGAUGAUCGAGAUGACGACAGGCCGGAAAGUGAUGGGGGUCUAGGCUAUAGUAGAGAGACAAGGGCUUUGAUGGAGAAGCUCGGGAUGGGAGGGAUCAAAGCCCAGGACGAUGCCAAUGAGUCAGGACACCAGGAAAUCAAGAUAUACUAUACCUCGAGGACACAUUCGCAGUUGACACAAUUCAUCUCAGAAUUGCGACGACCGGCCUUCCCACCGUCAAUACCAGACUCUCUGCUUUCUGGAGACGCCGCAUCUGACCCCGAAGCGAUCAAGCAUCUGCCCCUUUCGUCCCGUCAACGCCUCUGCAUCAACCCAGCUGUCUCCAAGCUCGGAUCUCUGUCGGCAAUAAACGACAGAUGUUCCGAGUUGCAGCAGCCCAGGUCGAAGAGCAAAUGCCAAUUCGUGCCAAAUGCCGAAAACUUGGCUCAAACACACCAGUUCCGAGAUGGUGCUCUGGCGACGCUCCCCGAUAUUGAGGACUUGUUUGAACUGGGCAAGAAACUCUCGGUGUGUCCUUACUAUGCCUCGAGAACUGCCAUUGCUGGUGCCGAGAUCGUCACACUUCCCUAUCCGCUGCUCUUGCAGAAGACUGCUAGAGAUGCACUGGGCAUCAAGCUGGAGGGGAAUGUGGUCAUCAUUGACGAAGCCCACAAUAUCAUGGAUGCUGUGGCGAAUGUGCAUGCCGCAGAGAUAGGUCUCGGUGAACUGAAGCGUGGAAGGCAGAUGCUUGGAGUAUAUGUCAAGAGGUUUGGCAAGAAGUUAAAGGGCGAGAAUCGCAUCAUGGUAGCUCAGGUAGCCAGGGUUGUUGAUGGGCUGAGUGAAUGGUUGGAGGGAGCGCUGAAGCAGAAGGCCGAUCAAGGAAUUGUCGACUCGAAUGCUUUGCUCAGGACUAAAGGGAUUGAUCAAAUUAAUCUUUACAAACUAAUCCAAUACAUCCAGGACUCCAAGCUAACCUACAAGAUUGAGGGGUACGCAACGCACGUUGAAGAGGGUGCAGGCAGCGGCACGACACACCCAGUGUCCUCAACUCCGGUACUUCACACCCUUCUAUCUUUUAUCGUUACUCUCACGAACCUGAGUUCGGAAGGCCGCAUCUUCUACCACAAGACUAGCGGCAAAGAUCAAAAUCUUGACAUCAAGCUCUCCUACCUCCUCCUCUCACCAACCCACGCUUUCUCAUCCAUUACAUCAUCUGCCCACGCGGUUAUUCUGGCAGGCGGCACCAUGUCGCCAUUCGAGGACUACACCGCCCACUUGUUUCCAAACCUGCCAAAAAGCAAGGUCACGACGCUGAGCUGCGGGCACGUCAUUCCCAGCUCCAGUCUAUGCGUAUGGACCCUCACUUCGAACAGGCCCAAAAGCAUCGAGUAUGAAUUCAGCUUCCAAAAGCGAAGUGACCGGUCCAUGAUCCAUGAGCUUGGGCUUGCCAUCCUGAAUGUGUGCGGCGCCGUGCCAGACGGCGUUGUCGUGUUUUUCCCAAGCUACGGGUAUCUAGACGAGGUUGUCGCUGCUUGGUCUGCUCUAGACCCGCAACAACCAGCUUCGAUCUGGGACCGCCUCCAGGGCAAGAAGUCGGUGUUCAGGGAGACGAAAGGUGGAUCUAGUGAUGAGACGCUGAAGCAGUACAGCGAGGCUAUUCUUGGCGAUGGAGACUCGGGAAAGUCGACACCCCCGGUCAAGCUAGGAGUGAAAGCCGCAACAACCAAGGGAGCACUAUUACUCAGUGUAGUGGGUGGGAAGAUGAGCGAGGGCAUCAACUUCUCGGACCGUCUAGGUCGAUGCGUCAUCAUCGUGGGGCUACCUUAUCCCAACAUUAACUCACCGGACUGGAAAGCCAGAAUUGAGUAUAUCGAAUCGACCACUAUGUCGCGUCUCACUGCUCCGGUGAACGACGAUGCCUCGGCUCAACCUGCAUUGUCGAGAUCAGAGGCGGUAUCCCUGGCGAAGCAGGCAUCUCGCGACUUUUACGAAAAUGCCUGCAUGCGCGCUGUGAAUCAAAGUAUUGGGCGUGCGAUUAGGCACAAGGGCGACUAUGCGGCCAUUGUGCUGGUGGAUAGGCGAUUCGGGAAUGAGAGAAUUAGGUGGAAGUUGCCAGGUUGGAUUCGAGGGGGCGUGGUGGAAGGGAGCGAGAAGCAGGGGUUGGGCCAGUUGAUGGGUAAGAUGAGUGGUUUCUUUAGGGGUAAAGGGGAAGUAUGA